AAAGCUAUCGGAAGCUGCUAAAAACCCAGUGCUGUAGGAUCCGCAGUGCAGAGGCAUACCAUACCUCAGUGUUGGAAGAGUGAGACUGCACACCAAUUAAACUGCUCGCUCUCCUGGAGAUGUGGGAUUAGGAGCUGUGUCAAUCAAGGCUGCUACAACGGCACGUGUAGUAGUCAAGGUCCGUGACAUGCUCAGGUCUGCCUAAACACCAGCACCCAGUGCAGGAGCAGGCUAGGAGCUCCUGCAAGUGAGUGGAAUUCAAAUCUUCUUAAAUAAUGCAUAUUGAGGUAAACUGGAUACCUGAGGCAGGGCUCUGAAUAAUGCAUUUCAUCAGCACAGCAUUUGUAGCACAAGAGAAUGCUGGAACCUGUGGAAGAAUUAUGAAUGCAGAGCUGAAAAAAUGUCCCACUAUCAUUUUAUCAAGUGCUGUUGUUUUCAGCUAUGUAAUGUUUUCCGAUCAUAUGACAUGGAAAUAGACCAGUGUUUGCUGGAAUCUCUCCCUUUGGGUCAGCGCCAACGACUAGUAAAACGUAUGCGCUGUGAUCAAAUAAAGGCAUACUAUGAAAGGGAAAAGGAAUUUCAAAAACAGGAAAGCUGCAAGAAAAAAGUAAAGAGUGGAAAGAAUCACAUUAUCCAGUUUAGUCUUUCUGACAUGAUUCAAGAUGCUAUCAUACGACACGAUGACAAAGAAGUUCUCAGGCUCCUGAAGGACGGUGCUGACCCAUAUACUCUGAUAUCCUCAGGUGGAUCACUUCUUCAUCUGUGUGCGCGCUAUGACAAUGCCUUUACUGCUGAGAUUCUGAUUGACCGUGGAGUAAAUGUUAAUGGUCAGGAUGAAGACCUUUGGACUCCAUUGCACAUAGCUUGUGCAUGUGACAACCCAGACAUUGUACUGAUGCUUGUCCUGGCUGGAGCCAAUGUCUUGCUGCAGGAUGUUAAUUUAAACAUUCCGUUGGACUAUGCCAUGGAUGGAACUGAGUCACGUUUCAUUCUUCUGAAAUAUCUCGAACAGAAUGGUGUGGAUGUAAAUUCUUUACGACAAAUGAAGACUCAGAGACCUCUGAUGAUGUUAUCGGAUGUCAAGCAACUUGUCUCAGCAGGAGGAAAUGUAAAUGAGAAGAAUGAUGAAGGUGUAACACUUCUACACAUUGCCUGUGCUAGUGGUUAUAAGGAUGUAGUCGCACUGCUUUUGGAAAACAGGGCAGAUCCUGACUGCACUGACAACAAGUACUGGACACCUCUUCACUUGGCUGCAAAGUAUGGACAGACUAACAUUGUGAAGCUGCUUUUGAUUCAUCAUGCCAACCCAAAUCUUCUUAACUGUAACGAAGAAAAACCCUCAGAUAUUGCAGCUUCAGAGUAUACUGAAGAAAUGCUUCUCAAGGCCGAAUCUGCACGGGAGGAAAGACUGAAAAUGCCAUCCUCUUCUACCUCUCUGUCCAGUGAGGAGCCUUAUGAAGAGAUCGUUCAUGGUCUUCCUGUGCCUGUCAACAAACUCAACCCACUGGCUUUGUCAAUUGCAAAACAGGACAGCAUGCUGGAGAAAGAUACAAUGUUCAGAGAUACAGCUGGGACUGUAUGCAAGCAGCAGUCACAGGACCAUGGCUACGAAACUGCUACUGUAAAUGCAACGACAACACUUGAGCAGGUCAAGCUAAUGCCACCAGCACCAAAUGAUGACCUAGCCUCACUUACGGAACUUACAGACAGCAGUCUCCUGUACGAGAUCCAGAAACGAUUCAACAACAAUCAGAUAUACACAUACAUUGGAAAUAUUCUUCUUCUUGUCAAUCCUUACAAAGAACUGCCAGUUUAUUCAGCCCUGGUCACACAGCUUUAUCUGAGCAGCUCUGGCAAGCUUUGUUCUUCACUGCCACCUCAUAUUUUCUGCUUAGCUGAAAGGGCUUACCACAUGAUGUUCCAUGAAAAGCGGCCGCAGUGUUUUAUCCUUAGUGGAGAAAGUGGAUCCGGAAAGACCGAGGCCUGUAAACACAUACUGAAACACUUGUCAUGCAGAUUUGGCAACAACAAUUGUGCGAUUGAAUCAAAGAUUAAACACGUAAAUUGCAUCCUUGAAGCUUUUGGACAUGCUAAAACGUGCAGGAAUGAUCUGUCUAGUCGCUUUAUUAAGUAUUUUGAGUUGUACUUCUGUGAAAAGAAGAAGGUUCUGACUGCAGCCAGGGUUUACACUUAUAUGCUGGAAAAGUCUCGGAUAGUGAAGCAGGCCUCAGAACAGAGUAAUUUUCACAUUUUUUAUAUGAUGAUGGAUGGACUUUCAGCUGAAGAGAAAUGUAUUCUGCAGCUCAGUAGCAUGCCUAUGCACAGGUACUUAAAUCAGUCUAUUCAAGAUGAAUCAACAGCCAUUUACUCAUGGAAUAAAGAGAAGUUCUCCCUCCUUAAACAAGCCUUUAGGGCAUUUGGAUUUAACUGCUUGGAGAUGGAAAACCUGUUUGUGAUUCUCUCAGCAAUCUUGUGUAUUGGAGAUAUUCGAUUCACAGCCCUUACAGACGCUGAGACAGCAUUUGUGUCAGACCUGCAGCUGAUUGAACAAGUGGCAGGAAUGUUGCAGGUAGUUCCAGAUGAUCUUGCUUCAGCAUUAACGUCUGAUGUCCAGUACUUUAAAGGAGAUACAAUCUUGAGAAGGCAUACAGUUGAAAUGGCCAAUCUGUACCGAGAUCUACUGGCAAAGUCACUAUAUAGUCGACUAUUCAGCUUUUUGGUUAAUACAAUGAAUUAUUACCUUCAAAGCACAGAUGACCACAACAAUGAUCCAGCCCUUGAAAUUGGAAUUUUGGAUAUCUUUGGAUUUGAAGACUUUCAGAAGAACACGUUUGAACAGCUCUGCAUCAAUAUGACAAAUGAGAAGCUACAUCAGUAUAUCAAUGAAGUGCUUUUUCUACAGGAGCAAGAAGAAUGUUUACAAGAAGAUGUUGCUAUGGAAACAACAUAUUCCCUUGGUAACCAGACUCCUGUACUGGAUUUUUUCUUUCAGAAACCCGCAGGCUUGUUGUCUAUGUUAGAUGAAGAGAGUCAAGCUUUUCGAUCACCAGAACUGACUCUGUACAAACGACUUCAUUCGCAGAUCGAAACAUGUAAUACAAAUGCUGUAUAUAUGUCAGCCAAAGAUGGUAAUGGCAAUGUUGCUCCGAAGGAUGAGGGUUCGUCAUUCACAGUCAUGCACUAUGCAGGGAGGGUGACUUAUGAUAUCUCAGGUGCCACUGACACAAACAGAGAUUCUCUAUCACAGAAUUUAAUCUUCACCAUGAAAACUAGUGAGAACGUUGUAAUCCGUCAGCUAUUCCAGUCAAAACUUACACAGACCGGGUCCCUUGUCCCACAGUACCAUCACAUUACAGUCAGAGGACCAAAAGCUUCUCUUCUGAACCAGAAAAUGACCAAUGUUACAAAAAGCAAAGAAAAUGAGAAAUUUCUGGAUGUAAACAAGUUGCUGAAAAAGAAAGGUACAAACACAUUCCUUCAGCGACUGGAACGUGGUGGUCCAGUUACUAUGUCUGCUCAGUUGCGGAACUCCCUUACUGAUAUCACACAGAAACUUCAGAACUGUUCACCACACUUUGUGUACUGUAUUAAGCCAAAUGGAUCAAAGCUCUCUGAGACAUUUGACACAUUUUAUGUAUCCGCACAACUGCAGUACAUUGGAGUUCUGGAGAUGGUAAAAAUCAUACGCUAUGGCUACCCAGUAAGAUUGCCUUUUACUGAAUUCUUGUCAAGGUACAGCAGCUUGGUUGAUAUUGUAGUAGCAAACCAGAAGAAGCUAUCUGCAGAAGACAAAUGCCGUCUCAUUCUACAACAGUGUAAAUUUCAAGGAUGGCAGAUUGGCUGCAAAAAGGUAUUCCUAAGAUACUGGCAAACUGACCAUCUGAAUGAUCUCUGCCUUCAGUUACAGGAAAAGGUUAUAAUUUGUCAAAAAGUUAUAAGAGGAUUUCUCGCUCGUCAACGGUUACUGCAGAAGAUAAACAACAAACAGCAAGAGCUCACCUCCAUCAAAGGAUUUCUGCAGAAUGUGGAGGAUAUGGGACUUGAAACAUAUGAUGCUUUGGUAAUUCAGAAUGCUUCAGACAUAGCUAGAGAAAACGAUCGGAUGCGUAAUGAGCCAAACAAUGGUUAUCGAAAGGAAAGGCACGAUACUGUAAAUAAAGAGGAAGAAGGAUCCCAAAGGUUGGAGGACAAAGGUGGAAAAAUCUUAGAAGACGGCUUUGGGGGUUGUAAAACACCGAGACACUUUUACUCUAGCUCUGUCCCUAUUCCCAUGGCAGUGGAUGGCUUGGUACAUUCUGUGACUGGUUCAUCCAUCAGAUCCCCCUCUCUGCAUUCAGUGUUUAGUAUGGAUGACAGCAGCAACUUGCCAUCACCAAGGAAACAGCCUCCGCCCAAACCAAAAAGAGAUCCUAAUACACGACUGAGUGCUUCAUAUGAGGCUGUCAGUGCUUGCCUGUCUGCAGCAUCAAAGGAAACCACAGAUGAAGUUUUAACACGACCAAGACCUCACAGUGAUGACUAUAGUACCAUGAAAAAGAUUCCUCCUCCAAAACCAAAAAGGAGUCCAAACACAAAACUUAGUGGCUCUUAUGAAGAAAUAUCUGCGCAAAAGCCAGGUGAUACGACAGUACUUAAUGCAGCCAUAAUAAAGGGAGAUCACAUGGUUGGAACUAUACAGCGAGCAGCUUCAGCAGAUGGGCCUCAUCACAGCAUGUUGAGUCUAUAUAUGUCACAGGAAGAAGAUGAAAAUGAGCCUGUUUAUAUUGAAAUGAUGGGAAAUGCUAUGCAGGCUAGCUCUACUGAACUAGAGAGUCCUGACCCAGGUGAAUCUGUAUAUGAGGAGAUGAAGUACUUUCAUUCUGAAGGGUCUCGCAGUAGUGAUUCAACAGUCCCUGCAUUGGUAAGGUCAUCUCCCACCUUGUACGACAGCAAAAAUUCCACAGCAGUAGCAGAAUUUCAGCCCGGUAGUCCACCAGUAGGAAGCGGCAAAGAAAACUCUUGUGACAUUCCACCACCAUUUCCUAAUCUCCUCCCUCACAGACCUCCAUUACUUGUAUUUCCACCAACACCUGUUACCUGUUCUCCUGCAUCUGAUGAAUCCCCAUUAACACCUUUAGAAGUUAAGAAACUUCCAGUGCUGGAAACUAACCUAAAUUACACAAUUCAGUCAGAAGGAUCAAGUCCUCUUUCUCCACAGUAUUCAAGAAACCAGAAAGGGGAAAAUGAAAGGCCAUCUUCUCCAAGCAUGUCACUUCUCAGUGUGUCAAACAAGGGCUCGCCCCCUCCAACUCCUCCUCCUCCUCCCCCACCAGGUCAAGCUCCACCAUAUAAACCUUCUACGUAUUUCACAUUUCCACCAGAACCGUCUACAUUAUUAAUUGCUAAUGCUUGUAAAAUAAAGACAAAUGGGGAGUCUGUUAAACUACCUCAGAGACCGAAUCCUUCCAGUGGUGGGUCACCUCCUGCUGUUUUGUUACGACCACCUUAUUCCCCAACAAAGAGUGCCAGAACAGAUCAUGUGAAGCCUCACUCAUAUUUUCCUUCACCCGCAGCAUUGAAUCAAGCAAAUAUUAGAUCCCUGACUAGUCCUCUUGAUGAACUGUCCAGUUUAUUCAGCUCAGGAAGAUAUCCUCUACGUAAAUCUGCUAUAGGAAGGAAAAUACGGGAGAUAGAAAAUGUUGACUCCAAUGUUAAUUUGAUCAAGAAAGAGGACCAGUCUGCAACAGAAACUGGAGGAGAAUCUCAAGAUAGGAAUGCUAAUAACAAUAUCACCGAGAUAUCAAGUGCAAAUUCAGUUGUUACUGAAAAUGGAAAUGAAAUUUCAAAUGGUUUACCCAUGGAUGAAGGCAAUGCCAAACCCCUCAACAGUAAUAGCCAAGAUCCACCGUGCUCUUCCAUUCAUAGGCAUAGUGAAAGUCAAGGCAGCCAGGUACUACAGCAUCUACGAGUGUCAGAAAAUGAGAGCGCAGCCCUUCGAGAACUAUUUGAAUGGAGAAGAAAACUGUGUGAAGAUGGAGAAAACUUGCAGGACAAUUUGAAUAAAUCAGAACAAAAGACCACAACUCCUCCCCCUCCACCACCAUGCAAAAAGCCAUCUUUAUUAAGAAAGACCCAGCAGGCAUCUCCUGACAGACUCUCUAGUGGAUUGUGGGAUACAACAAUUUGACUUUUAUAAGUAAUAUGUGUUGAAACAGAUUUGUUCUGCAAAUUGAAAAAAAGGGAUUUAUUUCACUGAUGCACAAAGGAAAGACUUCAUAGGCAACACACAGUGGGACUUCAAAAAAUGGAGCACAGUACGCUAGACCUACUUAUUGGGUAAAUCUCUAGACUGAGCAUGUGUAUCAAAAUGCAAGGUACUUCAUCACCCAGUAUAGCACAAAGAAUUAAUGCUGGGUUAAGUACACCACAAGAGGUGCAGGCUAAUGAGCAGAAACCUUCAUGAAAUCGUAUUACUGUCCAAUGGGCAGUCCAGGUAUACAACAGAUUUAAAUAGGAGGUCUCUUAGCCUAAUGUUUAUUAUAACUUAAUGAAUGCUUAUAAAUAUAUAUUAUAUGUAUAUACAUAUAUUCUUCUUUUUAGAUGUAUGUGUUUUACUGAGACUGAAAAUAUAAUAGUUACAUGUUUAAUAUGGGAAUUUUUUUAUCUGUUUUCAACUGGUGCUGCUAUUCAAGCUACUAUUUGCAGGUUUCUUAUACUGGUAUUACACAGAUUGUUCAUAGGGUACCUAUAUUUGACCUCAUCACUGUUGUGACAUUUUAGCUAAAGUCAGGCCAUAUUUCCAGCAUCAGGGUUUGGAUUACUCUAAAAAUGUUUUACAGACAUUUUGUAUUUAUUAAUGACAGAAUAUUUACUGAAACUUUUGCCAUAUCUCUCAUUAAAGGGGUAUAUCAUUCAUCUGUUAA